AUGAUACUUUGGAAUGACCUGUUCUUCACAGUUCUCUUCAUUGCUCAGACUGGGAUUGGUCUUCUAGGGAACUCAAUACUGCUUAUGUUGUAUGUCAGCAUCUUCGUUCUCCAGCCCCAUCACAAGAAGCCCAUUGACCUGAUCCUAGCCCACCUGACUGUGAACAACGCAAUGACACUUCUCACCCAGGUGGCCCCUGGGAUGGUUCUAGCCUUCAGGUGGGAGAAUUCUCUGAAUGUCUUUGGGUUUCAGUUAGCCCAGUACAUCAGGAGAGUAGCCAGGGGUCUUUCCAUCUGCAACACGUGUCUCCUGAGUGUCUUCCAGGCCAUCACCAUCAGUCCCAGCACUUCCUGCUUUUCUCAGAUCAAACAUCGUGUCCCCAAGUAUAUUCUCCCUGUCCUUCUCUCCUGUGUUUUCAAUCUUUUGGUAGAAAUGAAUGCUGUAAAAUUCACUGCCAUCACCAGGAAUGCCACUGCCCCAGUAAAUGGUGCCAGUAGAGAAUCUGGUCCCAGUUCACUGCAGACUAAUGUUUUAAAUCAUGCUGUACUUGUGAGCCUAAUGGCCCUCCGCGAUAUUUUAUUUGUGCUGUUCAUGAGUUUGGCUAGUGGCUACAUGGUGGUUGUGCUACACCAGCACCACAAACAAGUUCAGCAGAUCCACAGCAGCAGCAUCUCCCCCAAAUCCUCCCCUAAGUUCAGAGCCACCCAGACCAUCCUGCUCCUCGUCACCUUCUUCGUUUGCUUUUAUUGCAUCAAUAGCAUCCUUAGAUUAUCCUUGAAUUAUAUGAAGAAGGAUGACUUGAGGCUUUAUGAUCCUGUAUUAUUUCUGGCCGGAUGUUAUGCAUUCUUCUGCCCCCUGGUGCUGAUCAGCAGUGAUCCUCACAUCUCCAGAUUCCGGGCAUCCUCUAAGGGAGGAGUUAGACACUUCACCUCCUGUGAAUUCAGGUAA